GCGGAGGCUGCAGCGCCACGGCCGCCGCAGCACCGGUCGGGGCUGGGAGGGGGCGGCCGAGGCGAGCCCGGGGGUGCGGGCCGAGGGAAGCGGACCCGGAGGCCCGGGCAUGAGGAGCUGAGCGUCUCGAACGAGGCGGGCUGACGGCAGCACCAUGCAGGCGGCGGCGGCUGCGUCGGUGCCCUUCUUGCUGCUCUGCGCCCUGGGGACCUGCCCCCCGGCACGCUGCGGCCGGGCAGGAGACGCCUCGUUGACGGAGCUGGAGAGGAGGAACGAAAACCGCUUCCUGGAGCGCCAGAGCAUCGUGCCACUCCGGCUUCUCUACAGCUCCGGCGGCGAAGACGAAACUGGACACGACGCGCUCGACACGCGGGUGCGGGGCCUCCCCGGCGGCGGGCAGUUGACUCAUGUUGACCAGGCAAGCUUCCAGGUUGAUGCCUUUGGAACAUCCUUUAUUCUUGACGUCGUGCUAAACCACGAUUUGCUGUCCUCUGAAUACGUAGAGAGACACGUUGAACAUGGAGGGAAGACGGUGGAAGUUAAAGGAGGAGAACACUGCUACUACCAGGGCCACAUCCGAGGAAACCUGGCUUCAUUUGUUGCGUUGUCCACAUGCCACGGACUUCAUGGGAUGUUCUAUGAUGGCAACCACACCUAUCUCAUUGAACCAGAAGAAAAUGACACCUCCCCAGAGGAUUUCCAUUUUCAUUCAGUUUACAAGUCCAGACUGUUUGAAUUUCCCUUGGAUGAUCUUCCAUCUGAAUUUCAACAAGUACACAUUACUCCACCAAAAUUUAUUUUGAAGCCAAGACCAAAAAGAAGUAAACGGCAGCUUCGUCGACAUCCUCGUAACAUAGAGGAGGAGACCAAAUAUAUUGAGCUGAUGAUUGUCAACGAUCAUCUAAUGUUUAAAAAACAUCGGCUUUCAGUUGUACAUACCAAUACAUAUGCGAAAUCUGUGGUGAACAUGGCAGAUUUAAUAUAUAAAGACCAACUGAAGACAAGGAUAGUAUUGGUUGCUAUGGAAACCUGGGCAGCUGACAACAAGUUCGCCAUAUCUGAAAAUCCAUUGAUCACUCUACGUGAGUUUAUGAAAUACAGGAGGGAUUUUAUCAAAGAGAAGAGUGAUGCAGUUCACCUUUUUUCGGGAAGUCAAUUUGAGAGUAGCCGGAGCGGGGCAGCUUAUAUUGGUGGGAUUUGCUCGUUGCUGAAAGGAGGAGGCGUGAAUGAAUUUGGGAAAACUGAUUUAAUGGCAGUUACUCUCGCCCAGUCAUUAGCCCAUAAUAUUGGUAUUAUUUCAGACAAAAGAAAGUUAGCAAGUGGUGAGUGUAGAUGUGAGGACACAUGGUCUGGAUGCAUAAUGGGAGACACUGGGUAUUAUCUUCCUAAAAAGUUCACCCAGUGUAAUAUUGAAGAGUAUCAUGACUUUCUGAAUAGUGGAGGUGGUGCCUGCCUUUUCAACAAACCUUCUAAGCUUCUUGAUCCUCCUGAGUGUGGAAAUGGCUUCAUUGAAACUGGAGAGGAGUGUGACUGUGGGACCCCGGCAGAGUGUGUCCUUGAAGGAGCAGAAUGUUGUAAGAAAUGCACCUUGACUCAAGACUCUCAAUGCAGUGAUGGUCUUUGUUGUAAAAAGUGCAAGUUUCAGCCCAUGGGGACCGUGUGCCGAGAAGCAGUAAACGAUUGCGAUAUUCGUGAAACGUGCUCAGGAAAUUCAAGCCAGUGCGCCCCAAAUAUUCAUAAAAUGGAUGGAUAUUCAUGUGAUGGUAUUCAGGGGAUUUGCUUUGGAGGAAGAUGUAAAACCAGGGAUAGGCAAUGCAAAUACAUCUGGGGGCAAAAGGUGAUGGCAUCAGACAAAUACUGCUAUGAGAAACUGAAUAUCGAAGGGACGGAAAAGGGGAACUGUGGGAAAGACAAAGACACAUGGAUACAGUGCAACAAACGGGAUGUGCUUUGUGGUUACCUUUUGUGCACCAAUAUUGGUAAUAUCCCCAGGCUUGGAGAACUUGAUGGUGAAAUCACAUCUACUUUGGUUGUGCAGCAGGGAAGAACAUUAAACUGCAGUGGUGGGCAUGUGAAGCUUGAAGAAGAUGUCGAUCUUGGCUAUGUGGAAGAUGGGACACCUUGUGGUCCCCAAAUGAUGUGCUUAGAACACAGGUGUCUUCCUGUGGCUUCCUUCAACUUUAGUACUUGCUUAAGCAAUAAAGAAGGCACUGUUUGUUCAGGAAAUGGAGUUUGCAGUAAUGAGCUGAAGUGUGUCUGUAACAGACACUGGAUUGGUGCAGACUGCAGCACAUACUUCCCUCACAAUGAUGAUGCAAAGACUGGCAUAACUCUGUCUGGCAAUGGUGUCGCUGGUACCAAUAUCAUAAUAGGCAUAAUCGCUGGCACCGUCUUAGUGCUGGCCCUCAUAUUAGGAAUAACUGCAUGGGGUUAUAAAAAUUAUCGAGAACAGAGGUCGAAUGGACUUUCUCAUUCUUGGAGCGAAAGGAUCCCGGACACAAAACAUAUUUCAGACAUCUGUGAAAAUGGACGACCUCGAAGCAACUCUUGGCAAGGUAACCUGGGAGGCAACAGAAAGAAAAUCAGAGGCAAACGAUUUAGACCUCGGUCUAAUUCAACUGAGCAUCUCCGCAACUGUACCCAAACCAAUAUUCACUGAUAGUGGGGGGUCCCACCCUCGCUGCAGGCUUUUUCCUCCAGUAACCUGCCAUUGUGGUGUCUUGGUUCCUUUUGAAGGGAAUUUUGAUAACAUUCCUUUCUUCUCAUCACCCGGGGUCCAGCCAUUUCAGAGGGUCACCCUUCCUCUUCCCAGUAUUCACACAGCCUAGAAGCAUCAGGGGAAAAUUCCCGCCGUCCUAGAGCAUGAGACUGCUCACAGUGUGGAACCACCGCCCGGAGGGCUUCAUGGCUGCAAUCUAAGCAUUCUCUCAGACUAAUGGAAUAUGUAUUCCCUUUUAAAUCUUCCUUCUGAGGACAUUUAAAAGGGUACUUAUCAAAACUUGCUCUUUAACGGAAUCAUUGUCACUAAUUGCAACACUAUCUGUUUUAAAUGAUAGCCACACUUUUUUUUUUAAGGGGGAAGUGUGGGAUCAGAAAUUACAUUUAAAGUUAUUUCUAAUGAGGUAAACACCAUGCACUUUUUUUUUUUUAAUUGUUUCUUCACUUAAGAAAGUACAGCAAAACCAAGCUUCCUCAAACCUUUAUCCCACCUCGAGGAAUCAAACACACCCUCAGGAUCCUUCUGGACCUUGCUACCAGGUUUUAAUUAACCAUACUUUUUGGACCUACCUAAACUUUUUUUUUAACUUCUUUCUCACUGCAUUGCUAGCUAUUGUUUUUAGGAUCACCUUUGCCUCUUCAUGCCUUAAUACUUAAAAAAAAAAAAAAAAUCUGAAUAGCAGGUGUUUGUUAACUGCUUGUCCGGAACUUAUAUUAGCUUUUCCAUCAUAUACCCUGCCUUUUUCAGUCCAGGAAUAAAAACAGUGCCCUGAAAUUUGGACCUUCCUGCUGAUGGUAUUGUCUUGUAAGUGGCCUGUCAAAAGUUUGCUAGAGGAUACUUUAUUUUAGAAACAAUAGAUAGGUUUCAGUGAUAACCAUUGCAUGGUCCAGAAUGACAUCAUAGAACUCCAUCAUAAAUAACUAACCUGUUCGAGUUUAUCUUCUACAUUCCCAAAGCGCUUGGAUGCUUUAGGGCUCAUUGUAGAUAAACUCUUGGAAUGUUGUUUGAUUUGUUUUGCAUGAGGUCACCUGGUAAAGAGCGCCUUAGCUCAUCUUAGUUGCUCACAAGAAUACAGAUAAAACUGCAAAAUGUUCUUCAGAACUUCCUUGAUGUACUGGUUAGCAUUUUAACAGCAUUUCCUAUAAUAAGGCUUUGAAAACUCCCGUGAAAAUAAACCAAUGUUAUAUUAAAGCUAUGUAUUUAGGACCCAAACAACAUUUGGUGUUUAGCAAGAUUCAUACAGUAUUUUCUAGCAUGGUCACUUACUUUUUAAAACUCUUAUGUAAAAUUCCCACUCAUAUCAUAUGAUAAAAAUUAUAAUACUAGAUAGCCCUUAUGGAAUUUCUUGCCUAUGAGAUAACACUAUAGUAUUUACUAAGAUGUCAUGGUGGAAUCGUCUUUGUGAGGAAGAAGUAUUAAGGGCUCCCUCAGAUUUUUCAGACUUUUCAGAUUUGGGUACAUGACUCAUGUUAAUUAAAUGGAACCAAGUCUGUGAGGUUGACCAUUAUUUUCACGUACCUUAUUGUAUGGGCACUAUAUACCUAUCUAUAUAUUUUUGUUUUUCCUUGAAAAGAAUCCUAAUAUAUAGCAUAUCAGGAGUUAUGUUGACAGUAUUUUCUUAUACUUUCCAUAUUCGCUAAAUAAUCCCUUUUGCUUCAGAUAUGACAUUAUAAUUUGUGGGACUAUAAGAGGAGCAGAAUGACCCUCUUUUUUAUUUUUUAGAUUAAAAGGUAUCAUUGAGUCCAUUAUUUCAACAUCCCCUUUAGUACCCAUCAUCCCAAAGGAUGAUGAAACAUCAGGACAUGAAUUAAAACGUUCACCACAAAUGCAUACUCUGCUAAUUAACAACCUACAGUGUCCUUGUUUAUUGUAUUGUUUUUUUCCACUCAAAGUUUUUGCAUCUUCCUCACUGUUGUACAUGAUGUG